GUGUGGGAGUGAUGGCUGACUUUUGUUUUUUGGCUUUUUUAACCUUAAACACGCUUCAGGUGUUAGCCAAGCCACGCCCUCCCCCUGUCCUUGAAAGGCCGGGAACGAGGGCCCCCCCCGUGGGUAUCACGUGACACCGUGGGUAUCACGUGACACCGGCGUCCAGCGUCUUCUCGCUAGGCAACCGUCCUAGAGCCUGACCCCGCUGCUGCAACAUGAACAUGAUCUAUCAACUGGCGGUGCCCAAGGGGCGCCAGAUCUGCUGUGAAGUGUGCGAAGCUCCAGCCGAGCGGGUGUGCCCGGCCUGCACAGUCACUUACUACUGUGAUGUGGUUCAUCAGCAAGCUGACUGGAAAAGCAUUCAUGAGAAGAUCUGUCAGCUGCUGAUUCCGCUGCGCACCACCAUGCCCUUCUACAAUUCAGAGGAGGAGCGGCAGCAUGGCCUCCAGCAGCAGCAGCAGAGACAGAAGCACUUGAUUGAAUUCUGCUACACCGUAGCCCAGAAAUAUAUCUUUGAAGGAAGGUAUAAAGAUGCUGUCCCAGCAGCUUUGCAUUCUCUUCGCUUCCGCAUGAAUGUGUAUGGCCUGAGUUCAGUAGAGCUUGUGCCUGCCUACCUGCUGUUGGCUGAAGCUAGCAUUGGUCUAGACCAGAUCGUCCAGGCUGAAGAAUAUCUAUCCCAAGCCCAGUGGACAGUCCUCAAAUCAACUGAUUGUAGUUACGCCACCCACUCUUUACUGCAUCGGAACCUGGGACUUCUCUUUAUGGUUAAGGACAACUACGAUGAAGCCCGUUAUCAUCUGGCCAAUGAUAUUUAUUUUGCCAGUUGUGCAUAUGGCACAGAGGACAUCAGGACCUCAGGAGGCUACUUUCACCUGGCUAAUAUCUUCUUUGACCUUAUGAAGUUUGACCUGGCAGACACGCUGUACACCAAGGUCUGUGAGAUCUGGGAUAAAUAUUUGAACAAUCACUAUCAAGUCCUCUUAGAGGCUCGCGUCCAACAAAUAGAUUUACUGGGCAAACGAUUUGAGACUGACACUGGCUUGGAUGAAGCCCAGGAAGCAGAAGCCAUUCGGAUCCUGACUUCAAUCUUAAGCAUUCGAGAGUCUACAUGUAGCCGGGCUCCCCAAAAGAUUGUCUUCGUUCUGAGAAUCCUGGUCAUGCUUUACUACCUGAUGAUGAAUUCUUCAAAGGCACAAGAAUAUGCCACCAGAAUCUCUAAUAUAGCUCAAGAAAAACAGCUCAGUGCCCAAGAACAAAACCUCAUUGAACAAUUACUGCGUAUCAUCAACACUGAAGUAAUUUACCCUGCUCCUUAGUGACCCAUGGAUUCCACGUCAGGGCCUAUUCAGGCGACUGUUGAGCAUCUAACACAUUCCAGCCUUGUGCAGCUGCUUUGAGGUACUAUGAAUUGCUGAAGUUCCCACCCUCUUGCCCUGUGACUUAACAUAUAGUGUGUUUUUAUUCUUUCUUGCACAGCAUAUGUAAGGGAAUAUAGAGCUUUGGGCAUAGAAAUCAGUAAAACUUGUUUUCAUCAUGACUUUGUACAACUUUGAGUAAUGUGCUAUCAGCUCACUAAUAGGGUAUUUGUAAUUAAACUGCAAACAGUUUUUCAUAUUUCCCAGAAUUCUCCAAGUGAUGCAUGUUCCAUAGAUCUCUACCAGAAAAAAAAAAGCGGGUGGGGGUAGGAAAUAAGCUAUAUUGGAGCAAAGUUUCCCUAUUCCCUAUUAAGUUAGCAUUAAUUUGAGGUAGUUUGUGAUUAAAAUGUCCACUAUAAUUCCUAGAGUAAUCACCAAGAAAAUUACUCUAAAAAUACUUUAAAAUCAACAAAGGAAUUAAAAUAUACUAGAAAAAAUACACUUAAUGCAAAAAAAAAAAAAAAAGGCAGUGAAGGAGAAUGAGCAGGACAAAAAGGACAUGAGGUAUAUAGAAAACAAAUUGCAAAAUGCAGACAUAAAUCAUAGAUCUUUUCCAGAGAAGGCCCCAGGGCCUUGCAAGGUGCCCUAGUACAGAUUGGCUGAGAUACCAUUCCAGGUUGGUGUCUUUGUCUUCCUAGACAGCGAUUUGAGCAGACGUGAGCCAAUUAUACAGUCUAGGGGAGAAGCCCUCUGAAAGAUCCUACAAAGAUCUCACUUUGCUUGUGCCAGGUUUCAUUUGUUGAGUUCAGCCUGCAUAAUGGAAACUGGAUUGUCCUCUUUCCCUGUGAUGUAGACAGAGUGCAGGCCUUGGACUCAGAUGUGCAUGGGUUACAAUCUCAGCUCUUUUACUUAAUAUCUUUGUGACCUGGAUCUCUCCCAUAACUUUAUUUAUUAUUGUUGUAAAAUGGCAUAGAUGUGGCCAUGGCAGUAUCAGCUUGUUUCCUGGAUGACCGUAGUCACUUAACAUAUCUUUUUUUUUUUUUGUAAUAUUUUUUUUAGUGAUUCUAGGGAGAGUGACUGAGAGAUAGAAGCAUUGAUGAGAGAGAAACAUUGAUCAGUUGCCUCUUGCACGCCCCUUACUGGGGAUCGAGCCUGUAACCGGGCAUGUGCCCUGAUUAGGAAUCUAACCAGGGACCUUUUGGUUCAUGGGUUGAUGCUCAACCACUGAGCCACACCUGCUGGCAACAUAUCUUUUCUUUCUUUUAGCUCCAGGUUUGUCAAACAGCCUGUCCAUUAGCACGCUUAGCUUCCUAGGUAGAUUUGCACUCAGGGAGAGGAUAUGCAAGUCAAGGACCUGUCCGAGAGUUUUUUGUUCCUCACUGUAAAUUAAUUCUCUCAGAUACAUAAUAAAAAUAGGCCAGAUUGCCCUGGCAUGUUUGGCUCAGUGGAUGGAGCUUCAGCCUGUGGCCUGAAAGGUCCUGGGUUUGAUCCCAGUCGAGGGCACAUGCCCAGGUUGAGGGCUAAAUCCCCAGUAGUGGGUGUGCAGGAGGCAGCACAUCAAAGAUUAUCUAUCAUCAUUGACUAGAGGCCCAGUGCAUAGGAUUUGUCCACUUGGGGGGGCUGUGGCCUGUGGGGAUCGGCCCGCUGUGGGAGUGCAGCUCAUCCUGGUCAGCCGAGUGGCUGUGGACCUGCCCUCUGAGCAGCUGCUCCCACUGUGGGAGCACCUCUCAUCCCGGUCAGCCAAGUGGCUGUGAACCCGCCCUCUGAGUGGGAGUGCACUGACCAUCAGGGGGCAGCUCCUGCAUUGAGCGUCUGCGCCCUGGUGGUCAGUGCGUGUCAUAGCAACCGGUCAUUCUGGUUGUUCCGCCAUUCGGUCGCUGGGUUUUUUUAUAUAUAGAUAUUUUUAUCUCUUUCUCCCUCUCCCUUCCUCUCUGAAAUCAAUAAAAAUAUAUUUUAAAAAAUAAUAAAGGCCCGAUAGGCCACCCUACCCCUUCAGGUCUAGGUGAAAUCUGCUGGGAACCCCAUUCCACAACUUUGGACAUUUUUAUGCUUCUUCAAGAUACCUGUGAAGUCCCAGGUUCUGACUUUUCUACCAUAUCUCACUUUAGUUUCAAUUGCAUCCUCACUCUCCACUGUUCACCUUGUAGUUGUUUUUUUCAUCUCUUUAGGGACAUAACCCCUUCUUCUUGGUUCUCACCCACUAACCUCAAAUAUGAGUUAGCUCUUUCAAAUAGAUGUUUAGUGAAAAUUUGCUGAGGGGUGGGGAGGGGUAAGGAGAAGGAUCAACAACUCUUAGCACAUAAUUUUAAAGAAAAUAUCAGAACUUCCCUAUUCUAAAAAAGUCCUUUAAAGUCCAUCUCAUCAAAUUCUAGUUCUCUCCUUUACUAUAUUCAUUGCCCUUUAUUUUUCCCCUCCUCCAUGACCUAUUCUCUGUUCUCUCUACCUCUUCCUUAUUGAGUAAAUGUAUAUGAUUAUUGUUUAAAUGUAUUAUUUCUAUUGACUGAUCUUCCUCUUCAUCAUGUCGUAGUAAUUUAAUUUUCAGUCUUCCUGCUUUUAUAACAUUUACAUAUAGGCUAUAAAUUCUCCUCUAAAUACCACUUUAGUUGAUCCCACAUAUUUUAAACUUAAGCAUUUUAAUUGUCAUUUUGUUCAAAAUAUGUCUUAGUUUUUAGGACUCCUGAGUCAUUUAGAGGUAUGAUUUUAAUUUCUAAAUGAAGGUGACUUCUUUGUUGUUGACUUCUAGCUUAAUUUUAUUGAGGUCCUAAAAUAUGCUGUGUACAAUUUUGACUUUUAGAAAUUGGUUGAGAUUUGCUUUAUGGCUGAGGAUAUGGUCAAUAUUUGUAAAUUAUCUGUGUGGGCUAUAAAAGAAUGGAGUAAUUGGACACUGUGUCCUACAUAUGUCCACUAGGUCAAACUUGUUCAUAUUAUCAAAUCUUGCAUAUUCUUUUUUUUUAAAUCUGAGAGGCAUAUGAAAUUCAUCCAUUAUGAUUGUGGAUAUAUCUAUUUCUAGUUCUGUCAAUUUUUACUUUAUAUAUUUUGAGGCUUUGUUAUUAAGCAAGCACACAUCCAAAUGUUAUAUAUUACUAAUUAAAUACAGAGUUAAAUCUUUA